AUGGAAUGUUUUCGUGUCUCUGCUUCGAUGCCUAAAAUCUCUAUCUUCUCCAGUCCAAGAAACUCAACUAGUCGGCAAUUCAUCCUUAGUUGCAGAGAGAGAAGCAGAGAGGAUCCACUCACCAGUUCUUCACCGUACUCAAUACUCGGCGUAGAGCCAAGCUGUUCAUCUUCCGAGCUUAAGGCAGCUUUCCGGGCCAAAGUGAAACAAUAUCAUCCUGAUGUAAACAGAGAGGGAAGCAACUCGGAUAUUAGGAUCCGUCGCAUAAUCCAGGCUUAUGAGGUGUUAACAAACUAUAGCCGAUCAGAGAUAAUUGAAGGAGAAUUGUUGGACCCUUUUGACCAUCCAGAGUGUGAGGCACUUGAUGUCUUUGUGAAUGAGGUCCUCUGUGUUGGAAAAAGAUGUCCGUACCCAUGUUUUAAAACAGCUUCUCAUGUCUUCUCAUGUGCUUCAACUGGAACAGCUCGAGCAAUGUCUCAAGGGCGUGGUGAAGAUUACCGUGUACAAACUGCAGUUAAUCAGUGCCCGAGGAAUUGCAUACAUUACGUCACACCUUCACAGAGAAUCAUUCUAGAAGAGUUACUAGACAGUGUUCUUGACAAACCUUAUGAUUGUUCCGCGGAGGCAGAGCUGCUCUAUGUUCUUAUAGUCAAAGCUCAGUUUGAGAACAACCGGUACCAGAAACCAAAGAAGAAGCAACCUGAAUCUUCAGGAAAACAUGUAGACUGGUUCUGA